AUGAAGAAGAGACCUCGAGAGCCCAAGCACCUGGCCCCCCUCCUCGCAUCCACCACGGGUCCUGCUCUAAUCAAACACCUUGCCUCAUGCAACACCAGCGUCAGAUCUCAGGCCCUACGCCGUCUCCAGUCGUGGCUUGUCUCCCAAACGCAGCAGCUUUCGGAACCUGACAUCAAGAAGCUAUGGAAGGGCCUCUUUUACUGCCUCUGGCACGCGGACAAGACCCCCAAUCAGGUAGCCCUAAUUGAUCGCCUCACUACACUGUUCCUCUCGCUCCAGCCCUCCCUUUCCUUGGAGUUUUUUCGCGGCUUUCUGGUUACCCUCCGGAGGGAGUGGCCUGGGAUCGACAGGCUGAGGCUGGAUAAGUUUUACCUGCUGAUACGACGCUUCAUGAGGACGCUGUUUGAGCUUAUGAGGAUGAGUAAGUGGGAUUUGGGCAUUUUGGGGGAGUAUUUCAGGGUUCUGGAGAGAGAUGGGUUCCUGGCGGAGGACAAGCUGCAGGGAAGUGGGGUGAAUUAUCAUGUGGCGUCUGUUUUUCUUGAUGAGCUCAAGGGUGUCGGUUUUCCAGUGAGGAAGGAGGUGGUUGAUGUGGUUUUCGGACCUUUUUUUGCGGCAAUGAAGAGCAGUAAGGAUCGUGUUUUGUUGAGGAAGGUGAAGAGCUGCCUGUUUGAUGAGCUGCUUAGGAUAGGAGAGGAAGUUUUGACCAAAAAGAAUAUGGGGGAGGAUCUUAACGAUAAGGAUGGGGAUGUGUUGCUGGGGUUGGUUGCGCUGAAAAUGGGUUUUUCAGGGAGGUUUUACGAGGUUGGCUCGUCUACGGAUUGUAUUCAGGGGAAUAGGAAGGUGUUAUUGGGUUUGUAUGAGGAGUUUCUUAAGUUAGAGAAGGAUUUGGAAUCUUCUGGAGUUGAAAUCGGUAUACCCGAGUAUAAUAAUGAGGAUGGCGGUGAUGAGGUGCCUCAGUUGGUGCCCAUUGAUUUUGAUGGGGUUAAUGGUAAUGUUGAAAUGAAAACAGAGGCCGUGGCUGAGGAAAUUGGUAAGAAGAAGAACAUAAAGAAGACAAAAAAAGGAGCUGAUGGUGGUGAGAAGAAGAAAAAGAAGAAGAAAAGGAAAGUUGAUAAUGGGGUUCUUGAAAUUAACUCUGCAGUCAAGGAAAAUAAUGUUUCAGCCGGCACGAAUGUUGGUGAGAAUCUUAGACUGGAUACUGAUUCUGAGAAUGGUGUAAAGGAUGCUGUUGAAAUUGAUGGAAGUGAGCCUGCAUUGGACGAAAAUGUGAUUCUGAACCUUCAAAAGCAAUUUGAAAAAGUUGCUGCCGAAAUGGAUUCCAAAUUUGACGAGAAUUCAGAUUUCUCUGUAACUCCACUAGUACCUAUGAAACGUAGCAAGAGGAAGAAAACGGAAUUCGUGAGGAAGCCAGAGUCAAGCAACCCAAAAAAGAACAAGAAUGGAGAUAAUGAAGCUGAUGCUGCUGGAAAGAGUGUGGAUAAGAGUUCGAAGAAGGUAAGGUUUUCCAUGAAGAAUAACUUAGUGUGGAAGCCGCAGAAUCCGCUGCCACCUGAGAGCCUGAGACUGCCGCCCUCUGUUACUCCACGUGGCAGCGCAUUGAAGAAGGGGGUCCCACCAGGACCCAUUAUAGAAUUGCCAUCUGUCUUGAAAAAGACAAAGAAGAAAAGAGUUCAGAAUAAAGGGAAGAGUGCCACGCCGGUGAUAAGGAAGCGGAGAAAGAUGCAAACGCAGUCUGCUUGA